CACCUUCCUGCUCUCACGUCAGUUAUGGGGACACUGCAUGUUGGCAGCGUGGACAGCACUGGACACACAGCCCGGCCUGGUGGCGCGGGGGCGGAAUCGGGAUCAGGGUCGUGGCCCGGCGUAGUCAGGGCCGGGGUCGGGGGCGAGGCGGGCCGAUUCGGAGGCUGUGCACGCGGAGCGGCCGGGGCCUCGGGGCAGCAGCGCCCGCGGAGACGCCGCCGUGGACGAGCCGGUGGCCAGCGGCGCCGAGCGAACUUAUCUCACUGGAAUUUGGAUACAGAAGUACCCGUUCCUGAAAAUAAAAACCUCCCACCUGGAAGGGAUGGUGCCGCAGGUGACAAAAUGAACAAGAACCAGUUGGAAAUUCCAGUAGAGCAACUCAUGCUGGAACUUACUUUGUCAGAGCAUGCUCCCAAAAGAACACAGAAUAGUAAACAAGAGAUAUUCCAGGUACGGAGUUAUCCUCUCAACAAAGGAAGUGCUACGGAGAACAGGGAUUUCAAAAAAUCUUCAGUGGAAACUGGCUGUAAUGUGACCAGUAAUCACAUAAGGCUCUUCGCUGUGAACCACUCACUAACAAGUGCUUCAGUGGACAAGCCAGUUGGCUCCUACCCUGCCCUGCAGACGCCAUUAAGUCACUGCUGGCCGUAUGCUGCUGGAGACUUUUUUAAGGACAGAAAUGAGCCUCAUAUUAAUUUAUGCUCAACUCUAGGAAACAAUAGUGGCGAACUUUUAACUGCGCCAAAUUGGAAUCUGAAGUAUGGAAACAGCAGUGUGGAAGAAAAUUUAACAGAUGAAAGUGAUUUAUCAGAAAAUGAAAAAGCAAACGAUACUUUACUCAGCUAUUUUAAAAAGAUGGACCUGAACCUAAAGCCAGAAACAAUAGAAAAUGUAGAAGACUCUUUCACAGAGGAACCAAGUGAAGUAUUUCCAUAUCCUGAUUUUCUUCCCCCUCCUUUCAAUACCCUGGACUUGCACAAAUUAGCCAUCUCAAAAUCUGAAAAUUGGAAAAUGACAGUGGAGCCUCUAGACAGCUCUCUGGAACAUUUGGUAGCUCGUUUACUGGACUUAGAGAGAUUGCAGCGCAUGACUAUUCAAAGAGAACGGCCGAGACUGCAGACUUCCUUCUGUGCUCCCUUAGCCACCGAACGACCCUCUUCCUCCAAAGCUGUACCCAGAAUGAGACAGCCCAGACCUUCCGACUCUGUGGGUCUUCAGACAACUUGUGUAGAGAAAAGUCACGAGGAGAGGAAAACCAAUUCUGGUUCUUGCAAGCUUGAAUACAAUGCUCCCAAGUGGGAUUGCAGCCGUGCUGGGAAGUACAAGUGGAACUCUAGACCAGCUCUGAAAACCUCACCCACCACAAAACAGGUGAUUGCAGCUUACGACGACUUUAAGAACCCCAAGGUCUCCAUUUUAAACCCACGCGGAGAACUGUCAGCCGAGCCUGCUCCUGCCGAGACAGCCCGGGUGCUGGUUAAAAUGCUCUCAAGCAGAUGUCUGCCACCAAAGUCUCCUACACCAGUCUCACCUGUACCUCUGUCUUUCCCUGAAAAUCAGAGGGAAGAAGUUAAGGCACCACCAAGGACCGGAAAGAAACUUUACCGAAAAGACAUGGUACCGAACAGACCAUUCUGUAUUCAGAAGCUAAACUGUUAAUCACCUUCGUUGAUAGCUAAGGAUAAGUGCUCACCCAUCGACCAAAAAUAACUUUUCUUUCCUGCAUCUCAACGUGAGCAAGUCUAUUCCAAGAAGCCUGGCAAAAAUAUGGUUCCUCAUUCCGAGGUACAGGUAUUACACACACACACACACACACACACACAAUUCCUGAAUGUGCUGUGGAGUGGAACUUGUGACAGUCGCAGCUGAGAUGUCUACAUAUAAACCAGGGGCUUCCCUGAUGACAUAUUUGAGUCUCUUACAUGUUAUGUUUCAAAGGAAUGUUUCACUUGGAAAACCGUUCUAUUCAAGAUGGUUCUUUUGUUGUGAUUGUUUCCCAGUGUGACUCCAUCGUCAAUAAAUGGCAUAAUAGACUUA